GGUGCCAGGUAGAACCCAGGGAACUUGAAAGAACAGGACAGAUCUGUGCCUAGGCCCCUGUUUGCCUUUAAGCCCAGCCUUACCUGAGGCGGGUGGUGAGGUGGGUCGGGGUGGGCGGUGGUCUCUGGAUUUGACAAUGGGCUUUUCAGGAGGCAGGCUUACCUGGUGGGCGGGGGGGUCCCUGCAUGCCCCUCUUUACAGAGGGUAUCAGACUGCAGGUGUUAGUCACCAGGAGGGCACUAAAUAAUGCCAGCUGACCUUUGCCAGUGGCUGAACCACUGCUUCCCCCUAGGGCAGGCCCUGCCCCUCUGGGGAAGCUCAGCAAGGCGUGUCCUCACCACCCUCCCAGGAGCCCGGCUGGGGCUGGGCUGGGAUCAGUCACUGGGGCUCCUUCGGGGUGUGAGGAGCAGUGCAGGAGGAUGGGCAGGGAAGGCCCUGCACACCUGGGGUCCCAUCGGCAAGGGCACCUGGUGGCUCUGACCUUGAGCCUCCUCCUCACCUGUGGACCAGAUCUGAGCACGGAAGACAACACAGAGGAAAGAUAUCUUCAGGUCUCUCCAUCACAACGAGGGGAACAACAUCGAAGCCGCCACAUCACCUCUGAAAGGCCCAGCCUCGGCACAGAUGCCCCUGAGAGCGCCGGCCUCUCCAGGACACCUGGUUCCAGCAUCCCAGCCGACGAAACAUGGGAAAGUACAGGCACAGGUCAAACCUUUACUGGACCCCAACCAACUGAGUGGACAGAGACACGUCUUAAAAUGGAAACACUGACCAGCGAGGCGAGCUUUGUGGACACCUCCCCCGACAGAUGGAUGGAUUCUGCAUCCACUGAGCCAUGGACAAGCUUCCCUGACACAACCUCACUCAGAGAACCAUCUUCAAACACACUCACCCAGGACGUCACGGCUGGCCCAACCACUGAGGAGCUUCUGCUUCCCACCGACACCUCGGUGACAGGCGGCAGCAGCACAAGCAUCACCCAGGAUACCACACCCCGACCUCUGGGAGCCACGGCUUCACCUGAAACAGCGGCCACAGAUGUGACCCUGAGCGUCAGCAGAGCCACAGUGUCCGUGUCGACAGCUGUGACCAAGGUGGCUCCUGGCUCAAGUGCUCCGGGAGGAACAAACCCACCAUCAAGCACGAUUCCUUCCAAAAUGCCUGAGACAUUCUCCACAGGGAAUCCAGAGUCUAGGGAGGGAACCAGCCAGGUGCUGACUCCAUCCAACCCCGGCCAUCACUUCUCCUCCCCUGGCACCAGCCCUGCAGGAGACUUGAUGAUGACCACCCGCCUUCCUCUGUCCUUGUCCACCUCUGCUCCUGGGGCUACAGCGUCACGGUUCACCGCAUCUUCAGACCACGAGGUCACCUCCUCCAGGGACACAGGGACCCCUGGGAGUGCGGCAAAGACAGACCCCAGCUCGUCUCUCCUUCAUUCAGGAAGUCAUGCAGAAACCAGUGCCGAAAGAGUCAGAAAUACAACUUCCCCACUGGCCUGGACAUCUCCAUCAGAGGAAGGAACAACAAGGAGUGUCUUCACCCUUAGCACCUCCCCUGAUGCCACAGACAGACCCAGCAUCUCCACAGGCAGUACCUUGGCUUCUGAACCAUCAACAGGUCCUGGCCCCCUCAGCAUCACCAGUGAUCCAGGCGUGAAAACCACAUCUCCUUCCAGCAGCUCCAUCUCAGAGGAGAACAACACCCCUCUGUCCAUGACCGGAAGGCCUCCCAGAGGAACCUGGUCUGCAUCUGUCUCUCCAUCUGAGGCCUCUGAUUCUGGAACAGAAAACAAUUCGAUGACCGCUUCUGGCCCCUCCUCAGGUGUUGGCACUGCUGAGAGCAGAACAGGUGCAACUCAGGUCUCUCCAUCACAUCCAGAGAGGGAGCUCGGAAGCCCCCACUCCACCUCUGAGAGGCCCAGCCUCGGCACAGAUGCCCCUGAGAGCGCCGGCCUCUCCAGGACACCUGGUUCCAGCAUCCCAGCCGACGAAACAUGGGAAAGUACAGGCACAGGUCAAACCUUUACUGGACCCCAACCAACUGAGUGGACAGAGACACGUCUUAAAAUGGAAACACUGACCAGCGAGGCGAGCUUUGUGGACACCUCCCCCGACAGAUGGAUGGAUUCUGCAUCCACUGAGCCAUGGACAAGCUUCCCUGACACAACCUCACUCAGAGAACCAUCUUCAAACACACUCACCCAGGACGUCACGGCUGGCCCAACCACUGAGGAGCUUCUGCUUCCCACCGACACCUCGGUGACAGGCGGCAGCAGCACAAGCAUCACCCAGGAUACCACACCCCGACCUCUGGGAGCCACGGCUUCACCUGAAACAGCGGCCACAGAUGUGACCCUGAGCGUCAGCAGAGCCACAGUGUCCGUGUCGACAGCUGUGACCAAGGUGGCUCCUGGCUCAAGUGCUCCGGGAGGAACAAACCCACCAUCAAGCACGAUUCCUUCCAAAAUGCCUGAGACAUUCUCCACAGGGAAUCCAGAGUCUAGGGAGGGAACCAGCCAGGUGCUGACUCCAUCCAACCCGGCCAUCACUUCUCCUCCCCUGGCACCAGCCCUGCAGGAGACUUGA